AUGAAUGAUCCGCGAAAUUUUAAGGGAAAAGUAGUUUUGACUACCGGUUCAAGCAGUGGUAUUGGUGCCGGUAUUGCCAAACUUUUUGCACAACUGGGCGCUCAUGUGGUGAUCACCGGUAGAAAAGAGACCGAAAUCCUGAAAGUGGCCAAUGAAUGCCAACAGUUAUCACCGGAAAAGUUAAAGCCGUUACAAGUUGUCGGAGAUGUCAGUAAAAGUGAAGAUUUGCAGAGACUAUUGGAUGAAACCAUCAAAACAUUUGGACAGUUAGAUGUGUUGGUCAACAACGCUGGUAUUGCACUGUCGGCCGGCGUUACAGACAAAGAGUUUAUGCCAGUGUUUGACAAAAUAAUGAGUGUUAAUCUGCACCCGUUUGUCGAGUUAAGUCACCUAUCGGUUCCAUAUUUAAAUAAAACUAACGGCACUAUUAUAAAUAUAUCUAGCAAUCUGUCACAAGUGCCGAUGAAAACACAGUUAGCCUAUGAAGUGUCGAAAGUAGGCAUCGAUAUGAUGACUCGUGUGUUGGCACUGGAGUUGGGGCCCACUAUACGGGUCAAUACUGUCAAUCCGGGUAUUACGGAAACCAAUUUGGUAGAAAAAACUGAACACAUGGAACAAAUGUUAAAAGUGGCCAUCGAUAGGACACCAAUGAAACGUAUCGCACAGCCCCGGGAUGUGGCCGAAAGUGUAGUGUAUUUGGCAUCGAGUGCGGCCACUUUUGUUACCGGUGCCAAUUUGGUUAUCGAUGGCGGCAUUAUGUAUAAUUUGGGUGGUAUGAGAUAG